AACACUGGCCCUUCCUCUUUCUUUGUUUCCUUUCCUUUCCUUGUCUUCCCUUCACCUUCAUCGACUUCGCUGUGUUCUCACAAAGGAAGUUGAAGCUCGCAGCUUCCCUCGCUCAUAAGAUGCUUUCUUAUUAAAUUAAAAGAAACCCAGAGGCCAUGCCCUUCCCAGCUCUUUGAUCAGCCUCUUUACUUCUCCGGCACGCAAUCAAACGACGGUCAUUCAAUGACAUACGAUGUCUUCCUGAGUUUCAGAGGCGAGGACACGCGAUUCAACUUUACUGAUCAUCUGCACAGUAAUUUGACUCGGAAGGGAAUUAGAACCUUCAUCGAUGAUGGUCUUAAGAGAGGGGAAGAAAUAUCACCGGCCUUUCUCAGAGCGAUUGAAGAGUCGAACAUUUCCAUCAUAGUGUUCUCCGAAAACUAUGCAUCUUCGAAGUGGUGCUUGGAUGAACUCGUCAAGAUCCUUGAGAGUAAAGAAACAAGGGAGCAAAUAGUUUGGCCUGUUUUUUACAAGGUGGAUCCGUCGGAUGUACGGCAUCAAAGGGGCAGUUUCGGUCAGGCACUUGCUGACUAUGAAUGCGAGUUCAAAGAUGACAUGGAGAAGGUGCAAAGAUGGAGGAGAAGUCUUACGAAAGCAGCCAAUCUGUCCGGAUGGUGUUUCAUUAACGGGCAUGAAUCAAAAUUUAUUCACAACAUCGUUGAAGCGAUUUCAUUACAAGUAUUAAACCAUGCGUAUUUGAAUGUAGCAAAGUACCCAGUUGGAAUAGAGCCUCGUGUGCGCGAGAUAGAUAAGCUUUUGGGCGUUGGAGGAAAUGAUGUUCGCAUGGUAGGGAUAUGGGGCACUGGUGGAAUAGGUAAGACAACAAUUGCUAAAGCUGUUUAUAAUUCCAUCGCCCAUAUGUUUGAAGGUAGCUGUUUUCUAGAUGAUGUUAGAGAAAGAUCAAUGCCGUAUGGAGGCUUAGUCAAACUAGAAAGUAUUCUUCUUUCUGAGAUUCUAGGGGUGAAAGAAGUAAAGUUAACCAAUGUUGACAAAGGAAUCAAUGUGAUAAAGAAAAUGUUGAAUGGUAAGAAGCUUCUCUUAGUUCUUGACGAUGUGAAUCAAUUGGACCAAUUAAACAAAUUAGUUGGAGGGUCUGAUUGGUUUGGUUCAGGCAGCAGAAUUGUUCUAACGACAAGAGAUAAGCAUUUGCUAAUUGCUCAUAAAGUCAAUCUAAUAUAUGAGGUUGAGAAGUUAGAUCAUUAUGAGUCCUUAAAGCUCUUCACCAGUUGGAAUUCAUUUUCAAGAAAUGGGCACUUAGAAGAUGAUUAUGCGAAACUUGCAAACAAUGUAGUAGACUAUGCUGACGGUCUUCCAUUAGCUCUGAUGGUUUUGGGUUCACAUCUAUGCGGGAGAAGUAUAGAUCAAUGGAAAUAUGCAUUAGAUGGUUACAGAAGAGUUCCUAACCGAGCGAUUCAAGAAAUUCUCAAAAUAAGUUAUAAUGCACUAGAAGAUGCGGUGAAGGAAGUUUUCCUUGAUAUUGCAUUUUUCUGUAAAGGUCUAUGCGAGGAUUAUGUGAUACAAAUACUAGAAGGUUGUGACCUCAACCCUAAGUAUGAUCUUGAAGUACUUGUGGAAAAGGCUCUUAUAAAUAUUACGGAAGAUGGCCGCAUUUGGAUGCAUGACUUGAUACAAGAAAUGGGUAAAGAAGUAGUUCGCCAAGAGUCGCCUACUGAGCCCGGAAAACGUAGUAGGUUGUGGUUUCAUGAGGAUGUUUACCAUGUUUUAACAGAAAACACAGGAACGGAUAAGAUCAAAGGUAUUAUGGUGAAGUUGCCUGCUGGGCUUGAGUCAGAUGAGGUAUGUUUGAAUGCUGAAAGCUUCUCAAAGAUGAAAAAUCUUCGACUUUUUAUAAAUCAUAAUGCGCGCUUGUCUGGAGAAGUUCAUUAUCUUCCCAAUGAGUUGAGGCUCCUUAGCUGGCCUGAAUAUCCGUCACAAUCUUUGCCAGCCAAUUUUAAUCCAAAGAAACUUGUUGGUCUUACUUUGCCUCGCAGCCGCAUUUUACGACUGGAUUCGGAAUUCAAGAGUUUGACAUUUAUAAAUGUGGAGCACAGCAAAUUCCUAAGAAAAAGCCCUGACUUCUCUGGAGUCCCAAACUUGGAGCUUUUGAAUCUAAACUAUUGUACAAGUUUAGAUGAGCUUCAUCCUUCUGCUGGAUUCCUUCAUAAGCUUGUUAAGUUGAGUCUUACGGGAUGCCGUAGUCUUACUCUGUUUCCAAGAAUUGUCAACUUGAAAUCUCUGCUGGAGUUGAAUCUUGAAGGUUGCAUAAGUCUUGAGAAUUUUCCUGAAAUUAAGGGGAAGAUGGAAUCUUUGAAAUACCUGGAUCUAUCAGAGACUUCCAUCAAAGAAUUGCCUUCAUCGUCAAUUCGACAUUUCACUCGUCUCGAGAAAUUGGAUUUAACCGGAUGUGAAAACCUUACAAAUCUGCCAUGCAGCAUUUAUGAGUUGAAGCACCUAGUGAAAAUUUCUGUCCGUAAAUGCUCAAAAUUGGUUUCAUUUCCUAAAAUGGCGAAGUCUGAAGAUUCAAGGAGUGCAGAAUCACUUGUGACUCUUCAUGGAGGCAAUUUAGCGUUUCCCAAGCUAUCUAAAUUCUAUGUGGGGGGAUCCAAUCUUUCAGACAUUGCCGAUUUCCUUCUGACUCUUCAUUGCAUGACCACAUUAACUAGACUUGAUCUAUCAGGAAGCAAUUUCGUUAGUCUUCCCGUAUGCAUUAAUAACUUUGUCAACUUGAUUGCUCUUCGGUUGGUUAGUUGCAAGAGACUUAGAGAAAUUCCAGAUCUUCCACAAGCAUUGGAAAUUUUAGAUGUGAGUGAUUGCUUAUCAUUGGAAAGAGUUUCAAAAUUGUCCAACAUUUUGGAACGUAAAGAGUCUCAAAUGUUCACUGAAAUGAAAUUGACUAAUUGUUGGAGACUGCGUAACAAUCUGGUUCGAAUUGCAAAGAAGAAAAAUAUGUUCAUAAAUCAAGUCAAUCUCUUCUCUCUCUUUCUCUUGUCUCUCCCAUUGGGUGUCGAGGUUGAAUUUCCAGGAAGGGGAAUUCCAAAGUGGUUCAGUUAUCGUAAGGAUUUGAAGGAUCUUUGCGAAUGUCAAUUCUCUAUUAAAAUCCCUCAAAAUUUCAAUUGGGAGAACAAAGGAAUUUCUAUUUGUGCUUUUCUCGAAAAGACCAAAAAUAGGUUACUUUCUGAUGCUAAAUCCAGCAUCAGGGAGUUUGCUAUUGAUAUAUACGUCAAUGAAGUAUGCCCUGAUAAUAUUCAUUCAACAGGGAAAGACUCGAGUUCAGUGUGGCUGUUAUAUAUCCCUUUCCAUACUUUGAUGUGGAUGAGGGCACCUUUUUGGGAGAUUGAACGCAUGAAAAGAAAUGUGAAAAGAACAUGGGUGAUGCCGCCUUAUUUGCCUACAAUCCGAGUUCAUUUUGUGCGUAUUAGCAAAGCUGUGAAAAGCUGCGGAGUCCACCUAGUAAUGCCACCAGGAUGAAGACCUCGGUAUAGAGGCAUGGGUAUGUGCAGGAAGAUACCAAUCGAUCAAUCCUCCAAAGGGAAAGGACAGUAGCAUUCAAAUGUGAUUGGGAUGAUAAGGAUUUGCAUCCUUCUUACAAGCUGACAUUCUCAAGCCCGUGGGUGGAAUUCAGUGAUUUAUAUUUGUGAUUGUUUGUGUUAAUUCCACAUGAUUGGUUUCUUAGACUUCAAUUGAGUUUUCCUAUUGUUGUUGGUUAGGGCUUUGCAUGUUGCCUCAUGUUGGGGAGAGAAAGAAGGAAAUUAAUGAAGCUGUUGUUCCAGAGGAAUUGAAGCUCGUCCCUCAUUCGAUGCAGAUACUUGUGGACUUAAAGAAAGGGGGUGCAGUCAUCAACCCCAACAAUGCAACUACUGCUAAUGAGGCAGUAAAGCUCCGGUCCAGGCCCCUUACCACACAGGCGAGACAAUCUGUAGUGAUUAUUUCUGUCCCCGCAUCACAAGCACCAUCCAAGUCGACAUUUUUGACUGAUUCCUCUGGUAGGAGCAAAGUGCAUUUAUCUAUGGGUUUCCUCAAGUGUUCUUCCGGCUUUGAUUUAACCACUGAUUCUUGUACUUUCAAAAAACUUUGCGGCUCCAGUUGAGGCUUGUGUUAUGACAGGCAUUGGAUUCACUUGCAAACCUCAGAAUGGCCUUCCAGAUAGCCCAACACACACAGGAGAUAAUGAUGACAUUGGUCAGCCAGAUAGGCAAUGAAAAUCAUGCAGAGGAAGAAAAAUGAAUCGAAUUUAACUGUCUCAAGGUUUGGUAUUUUGGGAACAACUUUGAGUCUUUUCUUCUUGCUGCGGUAGUGCUUGACAGAAAGGCAUUGGGGGACUUGGGACCAGAGCAUGCUUCGACCUGUUAUUAU